AUGUAUUCUGAUUUGCACCACCGAAGAUCUGCUUCCCUCUACGCUGGCUCUGUAUCUCCCCGAGAGGAAAUGUUACGAGCCCAGAUGAUGGGUGGUCACUUUGGCCCUCGCUAUGAUUACCCUAUGAUGGGUGGCCCUCUCUUUCGUUCUCCCAUGUCGCGAUACGCUGGCGCUGGUGGAAUGUACGACUUAGGGAUGGGCUGUCGACCGAGCUCUGUGAUGGGCAUGGGUUAUAUGGGGUAUGGAAUGGGAUAUGGAAUGGGCGGCAUGCAUCCUGGUAUGGGUUAUGGCGGAAUGAAUUACAUGGGUUAUGGUCGACCUUUUCGCACUGGAGGCUUGGUCGAGUCUCGUUCACCACACAUGUGCCGAGCAAAAAGCUGGAGUGCCCACGCAAGACUCUUUUAG